CAUAACCAAAAGAACAAAAGAGAGAGCUUGACACGCCAAUCUUGAGGUGUUCUGCCGUUCUCUGGGAACAUACAGAUGAAAUGACCUGAACCCUGCCCACCAUUACCAACAGGUUUCUGGAUGGCAGAUCAUUCAACCUUCUUUUUCUUGAGUUUUCUACUCUGCUGUCAUCUUCCACUCAUUUCUGCUUCAUUUUGUGAUUCAUUAACAGAAAAGGAAGUAGAAUGGAAUAAAAUCCCCCCAGUACAGUACAAUUAUACAUUAAUGGCUGUAAUGUGAAGAGCAUCACAUACGAAGAGAGCCAUCUUCCAAAAAUAAGUUUAUACAGUCUCUCCUCUAAUUGCAUCAGGACUUUACCAGAUAAUGUUCUUCCAGAUCUGAAAAGGAAAAUGCCUAAAAGAGCUUCCAAACUCAUUUUUGAAUAAUACUAGGCUACAAAGAAUUACAUUGUGAAUUCAUUAAGGGUAACACCAAACCACUAAACAGCACUGUUUGUACAGAAAUGUUGAAAAUCUGUGGAAAUAAUUUAGUGGCCAUUUCUGUAGGAAUUUCGCUUCUUUUACUCUUAGUGGUUUGUGGAAUUGGGUGUGUUUGGCGCUGGAAACACCAUGUUGCCACACGAUUUACCUUACCGAGGUUUUUGCAAAGGAGAAGCAGCAGGAGAAAAGCCUGUACUAAAACAUUCUUGAGCCCCCGCAACAUUGGCUUAAGGCAUAAAAUCUCAGUUGAAACCCAAGAUCACAAAUCUGCUGUCAAGGGAAAUAACAUAGACGACAACUAUGAAAAUGUGGAAGCAGGUCCUCCCAAAGCUAAAGGAAAAACCGAUAAGGAACUAUAUGAAAACACAGGGCAGUCUAAUUUCGAGGAGCAUAUCUAUGGAAAUGAGACAUCUUCUGACUAUUAUAACUUCCAGAAGCCUCGUCCUUCUGAAGUUCCUCAAGAAGAAGAUAUAUACAUUCUUCCAGAUUCAUAUUAGCUUUUCAAAAUAUUGAUUUUUGUUAUUGGAUGACAAAUAUUCACUGUAAUUUUUCAACAGCAAAGACAUGGAAUCAAACUAAAUGUUCAUCAACAGUAGACUGGAUAAAGAAAAUGUGGUACGCAUACACCAUAGAAUACUAUGCGGCCAUAAAAAAAGAACAAAACUAACACGGGAACAGAAAAUCAAAUACCAUAUAUUCUCACUUAGAAGUGGGAGUUAAAUAAUAAGAACACAUGGACAGAAAGUGAAGAACAACAGACACUGGGGCCUACUUGAGGGAGGACAGUGGAAGGAGGGAGAGGUUCAGGGAAAAAAAAAACUAUCAGGUACUAUGCUUAGUACACAUGUGAUGAAAUAAUCUGUACACCAAACCCCCAAGUCACAAGUGUUCCUACAUAACAAACCUGCACAUGUACCCCUGAACAUAAAAUAAAAGUUGAAAUAUUAAAAAUAA